UCCUUUUUUUUUUCUUUGUGUGGCCAACAUAUCCAGUUUGUGUCUAUAUAUACACAUAUCCACCUCUUAACCUUACAUCCAAAACAAAACAAAAAGUUAUAUUCAGACAAGAGAAAAAAAAAAAUGAAUUUCAUCUCCGAUCAGGUAAAGAAACUCUCAAGCUCGACACCAGAGGAGCCGGACCACAAGAAGCCAGUCGAUGGAACCGAAACAGCCACAAGACCAGCUACCAACGCCGAGCUCAUGGCAAGUGCCAAGGUUGUAGCUGAAGCUGCUCAAGCCGCAGCUAGUAACGAAUCAGACAAACUUGACAAGGGCAAAGUCGCCGGAGCCUCUGCUGAUAUCUUAGACGCCGCCGAGAAAUACGGUAAGUUCGAUGAAAAGAGUAGCACUGGUCAGUACCUCGACAAGGCCGAGAAGUAUCUCAACGAUUACGAGUCGUCACACUCCACCGGCGCCGGUAGUGGUCCUCCUCCUCCGGCGAGUCAGGCUGAGCCAGCAAGUCAGCCUGAGCCGGCGGCUAAGAAAGACGAUGAAGAGUCUGGCGGUGGGCUUGGAGGUUAUGCCAAGAUGGCUCAAGGUUUCUUGAAGUGAUUUGAUCUUUAAUUGUUGUUUCAUUUUCGUAAUUAAAUAACUAAGUAUCGUUUGUGGACUAGUUUAUGUUGUGGGGAGUUACGAGUGAGUGUAAUAACUUCUGGUAAUCAUGAAUCUAAUCCAUCUUUGUUGUGUGAUAUUAUACUU